ACCGGCGGAACAAAACAAAACACGCGACCGCGUUUUACAGAUUUUCUAGCGAAAUAAGAAUUACCGCAAAGCAUGAAGGCCAUCAUCCAGCGAGUUACUUCGGCCAGUGUAACCGUGGGAGAUGAAAUCGUGAGCUCAAUUGGCCGCGGAUUGUGCGUUCUGGUGGGCAUUUCGGCUGAGGAUAACGCGAACGAUGUAGACUGGCUUGCCCGGAAGCUUCUUAGUAUUCGUCUGUUUGAGGAAGCCGGAACGGGAAAACGAUGGAUGCAAUCCGUCACCGAUCAGCAGCUGGAGGUUCUGUGCGUUAGCCAAUUCACGCUGUAUCACCGGUUGAAGGGUAACCGACCGGAUUUCAGCCGUGCCAUGCAGGGUACCGAGGCACAGGAGCUAUACGGAACGUUGCUGACGAAGCUACGGGAGUUGUAUCUGCCCGAUAGGAUUAAGGACGGUCGGUUCGGCGCAAUGAUGCAGGUGCACAUUCAAAACGACGGACCUGUAACGCUUGAGAUUGAGUCACCUGCACAAACGGAGCAACAACGACAAAAACUGCAGCGAUCGACCGGCGAUCGAUCGAAGAAGCAGCCUGAUGCCGAAUGAAUCCCGUUUCGAUGGUUCUAGAAGAUACCGAGAGAUUGAAAAGACGUAAAAGACAUGAAAAAUUGUAGAUCGUGGGUCACUUCUUAUGCGCAAGUGAUUUCCAUCUCUGAAAUGACCAAAAAGAGGUGAAACUCAACAUCGCCCCUCAUUCAGAUCCGGAUGGCACCGAAUCCUUUCGGUCAACAGAACACGAGCUGUUCAGUACUUGAACGUAAACGAUAAAGUAAAGCAAUAAAAUCUAU